AUGUUGACAUCCCACUACAUCCCAUUCUACAAGUUCUUCCCUCUCUUCACUUAUAAUGUGUUACUACCGACAUCCGAAACGUCUACACAAGGUGUGGCCAUGGUGUUACUGAGCCGGAUAAAGAGGUAUGACAUUAAGCAGGCCCUGCAAGGAUUUACUCUGACCUGGGCGCAUAGAUACGAUGCAAUCUCGUCAAUUGCAAAUUCAGCACUACGCACCCUGUCAAUUGCAAGCCACCGAAUUGUACCAGGAACUGUUGGCAAUACCGACAGUACCCUCAGCAAUAUUCGCCUAACAUUGACGGGUACUGCCCACAGUGCCGGAGAUAGGCAACGUGGGCACCCCAAAGUCCCGUUGUACCCAACUGUCUGGCGCAUUUUUGACGCCAAAUGA